CUAGGUUUUGAUCAUGUGUCUGCGUCCCUGAAGCGAUCUCCCAGGAGAUAUUUCAUAGAAGUCCCACGAAUAAGUAAUAAACAAGACCCCGCCCAACAACGGGAAGCGGUGUUGAAUAGCUUUAUUCCGGAACUCAGCGCCAUUUCCUGUACCCUGGGCGUGGUUGCCUUCUCUUUGCCGCUAGAUUGGGCUUGAUACCAGUGUUGAAGAAAAUGAAGGCUUCUCGGAGCUCAGAGCGUCCGGGCCCUGUGGGGCGCCUUGGAGCUUUCUGCUACGGCGGAGCCCAGCUGGCCAUCCUGCUGCUGUUCCUUCCGCCAUCAAUUUUGGGCCAGUGCAAAGCCCCAUCAUGGUUUCCAUUUGCCAACCGUAUAACUCAAACUGAUGAAUCCGAGUUUCCCAUUGGAACAUCUUUGAUGUAUGAAUGUCACCCAGGAUAUAUCAAGAGGCAGUUCUCCAUCGUAUGUGAACAAAACUCAGACUGGACAAGUGCUGAAAAUAAGUGUAUACGUAAAUCAUGUGCAAAUCCUAAAGAUCCUCAGAAUGGCAUAGUGCAUGUACUCACAGACAUUAAAUUUGGAUCCAGUAUUAAUUAUACUUGUAAUACAGGAUACCGCCUCAUUGGUUCCUCCACUGCUGUGUGUAUAAUCUCAGAUAACGGUCUCAUUUGGGAUAAUGAGGCACCUAUUUGUGAGAGAAUUCCUUGUGAAGCACCCCCAGCCAUUACCAAUGGAGAGUUCCGUGCUCCUGCAGAAGAUUUUUAUUAUGGAAUGGUGGUCACCUAUCACUGCCAAACUGGUGAUAGAGGGAAAAAGCUCUUUAAUCUGGUGGGUGAGCCAUCCUUACACUGUACCAGCAAUGAUGGUGAAGUUGGAGUCUGGAGUGGCCCUCCUCCUCAGUGCGUUGAACUUGGCAAAUGUACACCUCCCCAUGUUGAAAAUGCAGUCAUGGUGUCUGAAAGCAAAAGCUUGUUUUCCUUAAGAGAUACUGUGGAGUUUAGAUGUCAGCCUGGCUUUAUCAUGGAAGGAAUCAGCAGUAUACAGUGUCAAGACCUAAACAAAUGGGAGCCAAAAUUACCAAGCUGCUUCAAGGUGAAAUCCUGUGGUCCUUUCCUGGACCAGCUUCCUAAUGGGAAUGUACUAUUUCCACUAAACCUUCAAAUUGGGGCUAAAGUGUCCUUCGUUUGUAAUAAAGGGUUUAAAUUAAAAGGCAAUUCUGCUAGUUACUGUAUUCUGGCCGGAAGGGACAGUAUUUGGAAUAGCAGUGUUCCUGUGUGUGAACGAGUGACAUGUAUCAUCCCAGAGUAUAUGAGUGGAAUCUGUGAGGAGCUGAAAAUGAAAAAAUAUUACUAUGAAGAUAAUGUAACCUUGGAAUGUAAGGAUGGGUAUACUCUAGAUGGCAGUUCUCAGAGCCAGUGCCAGUUAGAUGCCACCUGGGAUCCUCCUCUGGCCAACUGUGUAUAUCACUCAAACAGUGCUCUCAUAGUUGGCAUUUUCAUUGGGAUAGUCUUCUUUAUUUCACUCAUCAUUGGUUCCUAUUGCCUGAUUCAAAAAUAUAAAAAGGGCAAAACCACAGAAGGAAAGUGUAAAGGAGUGAGUAUCCACUUAAAUUCUAAAGAAGACAGCUGUAUUCACCCUGAAGCUCUGCUCGCAAGUCAAGAGAACAACAGUUCCACUAGCCCAGCUCGGAUUUGACUCGCCCAAGAAGCCUCCUAAAUAGUCACAUUACAAAAUGAUGUCACUUGUAUCACUUUUAAAAUAAACUAAAAUAAAUAAAUAAACUCUUUGUUUUAAGA